AAGUAUAUAAAUGAUCACCUGGAUGAAACAUCGUUGUCAAUAUCGAUAUAAUCGAUUAUUUUCUGCAACAUUUGAAAACACUCACAAAGGCUAGCAACAUUGUCUUCGCAACAUCGACUGGUUACAGACAUUGUUUUUUAUGAUUUUAAAAAUUUGAAUUUUGAAAUUCCACAGAAAUACAAAGCCAUCUUUAAAAAACCGAAGUCAUGAUUUGCAGUCAAUGUAUAAUUAAGUUUUUAGAAUGGAGAAUCAUUUUAUUUGCACAGAUACCAAACAGUUGGAACCCCAAACCCUUAUUGCCACCCCCAUAAGGAUGUCACCUCUUCGUCCUUUCCAUUCAAUGUUUACCCAAAAUGUCAGCACAAAGGACUGCCGUUGGACGUUUCGAGUGGCCGACGCGCGACCAAUCAUAGGGCAAAACAAUAAUUGUUUACAAAUUGUUAACACGCUGCGGAAUGAUUGUCACUUUUGACACGCCACGCCCCCGCAUAAGGCUUAUCCUCCUCGUCGUCGAGCAAAUAGCGAAAAAACCACAAAUCAUGUUGAAGUACUACAAGGCACUCGUCGUCGUUGAUUUGCAUAUCAUUUGUGGGGUAUGUCCGAUGGGGGGUCCUAUGGGGGAUUAAAUGAGUAUAAAACCAUCAAUAUCGAGGAUGUUCCGUGUCAGUUCGAUACCAGGCGGCGCACCGGGACGCACAAUGUCGAUGUUCAGCUCCUGUGAAGUGUGUGGCGAUCAGAGCUCGGGGAAGCACUACGGCGUCUCCUGCUGUGAUGGAUGCUCCUGCUUCUUCAAGCGCAGCGUGAGGAAGGGCAACCACUAUGCCUGCAUUGCCAUUAAGGGAAACUGCAUCGUGGAUAAGGCGCGCAGGAAUUGGUGUCCCUUUUGCCGCUUUCAGCGGUGUCUGGCGGUGGGCAUGAAUGUGGCUGCCGUUCAGGAUGAGCGGGGUCCGAGGAACCAGCAGGCGACAGCCGUCUACAGGUACAGCCGCAGAUCUAUGCCGUCGCCACGCCUGCCUCAAACGGUGGUUGCUGCAGCAGGAGGGGGUCAGGCGUUGCACUUUCAAAUACUCGCUCAGAUUCUGGUCACCUGCCUGCGACAGGCGAUGGCGAACGAACAGUUUAGCAGCCUGGAGCGUCCUCAACAGGAUGCUAUCCUCCAGGUGGUGUGGAGCGAGAUCUUUAUACUGCGGGCCUCGCACUGGUCUCUGGAUAUCAGUGCUAUGAUCGAUGGCUGUGGGAAUGAUCAGCUAAAACGACUAAUAUACGAGGCCCAACAACUAAGGGCCGAUGUCUUGGAACUGAACUUUCUUGAGACGUUGAUUUUGUGCAGGAAAGAACUCGCUCUCAGUGCGGAGUAUGCCAUUAUCCUUGGAACCCACUCGAAUGGCGCUUUAAUGUCUCUGGCGCGUUACACUUUGCAUCAGUCGAACUAUUUGCGCUUUGGACAGCUUCUACUGGGGCUGCGACAGCUCUGCUUACGCCGAUUUGAUUGUGCUUUGUCCUGUAUGUUUCGAACAGUGGUUAGGGAUAUUUUAAAAACACUUUAAUUAGUAACUAAAUUAAA